GAGGUAGUCAGCGGAUCAUCCAUGUCGCGCUGUAGUUUUUUUCAAAGUCCGAAACUGUGGUCGCGUUUGUUUUAUGAGGUGAGCCUGUUGUUUUCUGCCCGUGUCUCCGUCGGGGUAACCUUCCCGACUCGACUUUCCCCAUUCAUUCGGACUGAAUGUGAGAGGCCGCCGUGCGGGGUUUCUCUUUGUUUAUCGGUCAGCACAGUAACGUCGUUCUUAAAUAAGCAACCAUGAAGUUUGCAGAACAUCUUUUAGCCCACAUUACGCCGGAGUGGAGGAAGCAGUAUAUUAACUAUGAGGAAAUGAAAGCUAUGCUGUACACAGCUGUAGAGGAAGCACCAUCAGCAGAGUCAGUUGGUCCUGAGAUGAUAGCAAGACACUUCACAAACUUCGAUGAAGUUUUCUUCCAAUACUGUGACAAAGAGCUGAAAAAAAUAAACACAUUCUAUUCAGAAAAAUUAGCGGAAGCUACUCGAAAACAUGCCACCUUGAGCAGUGAAUUACAGCUGGCCUUGCAAGAAAGAGAGAAAUCCAAAGGAAAACGUCCUGCACGGAAAGUGCAAGACCUUAAGCUUGCAUUUAGUGAAUUUUAUUUGAGCUUGGUGCUUCUACAAAACUAUCAAAAUCUCAACUACACAGGGUUCAGAAAAAUUUUGAAGAAACAUGACAAGCUGCUCUCUGUUGACUCGGGAACUGCAUGGCGUGUGGAGCAUGUUGAGACAUCUCAUUUCUUUACCAAUAAAGAUGUUGGGCGUUUGGUUAAUGAAACUGAGGGUGCUGUCACUUCAGAACUGGAAGGUGGUGAUCGUCAGAAGGCAAUGAAAAGAUUAAGGGUGCCACCUCUUGGGGAAAAACAAAGCCCUUGGAUUACUUUUAAAGUGGGGCUGUUCUCCGGAUCCUUUAUCAUUCUCUUAACUGUUGUCAUCCUCUCUGCUAUUUUUCAUGAAGGAACAGAAAAGAUGGAUGUCCUAAUGCGGCUAUACAGAGGACCACUUUUGCUUGUUGAGUUCAUGUUCUUGAUGGGGGUCAAUGUCUAUGGAUGGAGAUCUUCAGGCGUCAACCAUGUGUUAAUCUUUGAACUGGAUCCUCGUCAUCAUCUGACAGAACAACAUAUUAUGGAGAUGGCCGCAGUGUUAGGAGUUGUGGGAGCUCUUAGUGUGCUCUCAUUCCUUUAUGCAUCUGCUUUAUCUAUUCCCCCCUACGUCAACCCUCUUGCUCUUGUACUUAUCAUGUUUGCAUUUGCUCUGAAUCCAUUGCAUACUUUCCGCCAUGAAGCUCGCUUCUGGUUUUUGCGUGUUCUGGGAAGAAUGCUGGCAGCUCCAUUUUUCUCUGUUGGCUUUGCUGAUUUCUGGCUUGCUGAUCAACUAAACAGCUUGGCCACGGUUUUGGUAGACUUCCACUUCCUCGUUUGCUUUUACUUCACAACUCCAAGUUGGCUUGAAGCAGGAGACACAAGUCAGUGUGCUGAACAAUCAUUUAUCACCAAGCCUAUUGUCAAUUGCAUUCCUGCAUGGAUACGAUUUGCUCAGUGCUUGCGACGAUAUCGGGACAGCAAAGAGGCUUUCCCUCAUCUUGUUAAUGCUGGAAAAUACUCUACAACAUUCUUUGUUGUAAUCUUUUCAACCCUAAGAGCAUACCAUGCCAGCAGCUAUCCUAAUACUUUAGACAACCCUUACUUUUAUCCUUGGCUGUUGUCUUGUAUUGUCAACUCCUGCUAUACUUAUGCCUGGGAUGUAAAAAUGGAUUGGGGUUUCUUUGACACCAUUCAAGGUGACAAUAAAUUUUUAAGAGAAGAAACUGUUUAUUCUUCAAAUACAUUUUAUUACUUCGCGAUUGUUGAGGAUUUUGUCCUCCGUUGGAUUUGGGCAUUGGGUUUUUUCCUCACUGAAUCUAAGUACAUACGGGGGGAAGCUAUGCAAUGUAUAAUUGCACCCUUGGAGGUAUUCAGACGUUUUGUAUGGAACUUUUUUCGAUUGGAAAACGAGCAUUUGAACAAUUGUGGUAAAUUUCGAGCUGUAAGAGAUAUAUCUGUUGCACCACUUGAAUCAUCUGACCAGCUUCAAAUAAUAAGAAUGAUGGAUGAUGAAAAUGGUGUUAUUAAUCGCCAUAUUAAAAAGCGAUUACCGCCAUCUCAGGAGAAAGAGAAAGAAGAAGACUUGAGACCAAUUUUGGAGAAUCUUUCAAGCAAGAAACUGUGAUUCUUAAUGUUGACAUGAUAUUUUUUAUAUACUGUGAAGUACUAUCCCAUGUUUUUUUAAUAAUCAUUCUGCAAUUUUGCAUUUGAAGUAUGUAUACUAUUUUGGAUGUCCAGAAAGGCUAAAAUUUGCUGACUUAAAUUGUGAUAUUCGAGACCAUGCUUUUGUAAAUGUUUAUUUUAAUGAAGAUUUGAAACUAAGAAUUUGGUGAAAGUACAUAAAUAUGUAGGUAAACAUGUGUAUUUUAAAUGUACAUUCUUUGCUUUGCGACUUUUCCUGCAGGCAGAAAAAGUCACACUCAUUUUGUUGACUUAAUCAUUGUCAAAUAUUUACCUGAAUGCCUAUUUUUAGUUAGUAGUUUCAAAGCAGCUUGGCCUUAAAGAUGAUUAGAUUUAUGGGUCAGGAAUUAUUUUCUGCAUAUUAUUUUGAUUUGAUUGAUUACAUAAUUGUAGGAAUUUGACACCAUUAAAAUGUCUUAGUAUGUUCAGAUGCCAAACAUUGAUAAGAGUGUAAGAUAUGAGUGUGUCAACAAGUCUGCAAGUUUCCUUUCAAGCAUUGGAUUCUUUGUUUAGAACUGAAGCCAUUUUGUUCCCAAUACUAGUAUAUACGAGUGACACACUGCUUGAUUACUUUACAGUACAUUAACGGUUGUUGUCUAAUUUAACUGCGGGGCUUUGAGGUUAAAAGUAAAUUUUGUACAUGCAGGUGCCAUAUCUGACAUUUGAAUACUAUCAAUGAGCAAGCAUAUAAAGUGCCUAUUUUGUAUUGAGGCUGCUUUUUAUGUCUUCCAUCAUUUUCUAUUCCUAUCAUCUUUGGAGUAGUAAGGUAUGUUCCACUGGGUUUAGUACAAUCACUUAACUGUAUUUUCAGGCGUUAUUUUUUAAUUUCAAUCCUGAACAGGGUGCUAGGACCUUGAUUUUGAUAAUUCAUGUUUUAAAGUUCUGAACCUUUAUAUAUAUUUUUGAUUAAAAUUGAUCGAAGCACCUGUGAUUUUUGAGGCAAACAGUGUGUGAAUUUGCUAACCGAUUUAAGAAAGACUGCAAGUUUUCCGUCAAGUAUCUUAGAGAUAGCCUCCUUUGCAUUCCUAUUUCACUCAGUAAUUGAUAAUUUCUAAAGAAAAAAUGUUGCACUUUUCAAAAUGUAAACAUAUGUUGUUGUUUUUUUGUGUUUUUUGAGGAGCGCUGUGUGUGCAAGUUGUUCUUUUAUUAUUCAUGUAUCUGCUUUUUCUAUGCUGUUUUAUGUGUUGGGGACCACAUUUUUUUUAGACAGUACUUACCGGUACUUUUUAAAUCUAGCCUUACUGCCCUUGCCCUGGCUUAGCUCAAAUUAUGCUUAAAUCCAUAUUCAUGUUGCACUGAAAACCAAAGGGUAUUAAUUAAUUAUGUAACAUAUAUAGUUUAUAGUUAGCUGUGUGAUAAUGUAUUUAUUUUUAACUACAGAAAAAUAUACAUAUAUUUGCUUUGAAAAAUAA